CUGAGAGCAUGGUAAAGCUUAUAUGGGUUACCAAGUCCACCUCCCUGAUUUUCUGGGCGCAUAUUCAACAGGAAGUUUCAGAGACAAAUAUCAGAUCUCACCGUAUUUUCAUCUAAAAUGUCGUUAGAACCGAGCUUUUUGGUCUGACUAAUUUCCAUUUUCUCUACAACAACAAAGAAAAACUCCGUUAAGGAAAUCGGUGGGUCAGCCAUACCCAAUUACCGAUUUUGUUUUAUAUAACAAAAGAAAGAAUUUUCUUUUCUAGCAAGAACGAAAAACUCUCUUCUAAAAACCCAUUCCUAUUCAGAACCGAAACUAAGGUUUCAACAAGGAAACUCAAUCUCAAAGCGUCAACUGAGGCUCCAUAAGAAAAUCAAUAAGUCCAGAAAAUUUAAAGACAAGGUUGGACCGAGCAGCUUACUCUCUGCCGCGUGUGGGUUUGAGCAACGAGUUUGACAAUCUGGCAAGUCCAUAGUGGCCUCUAAUAGUCAAGUCCAUAGGUCUUUCCCUAAGUAAAAAAUGCAGAAGAGAAAUCUAUGUGUCGCUGCCACGAAAAUUCUUAGCAGAAAGUUACAUUCAAGUUCUCUAUUAUCAACUAAUAUGGGUCCCAAGUUACAAUCUUCUAGGAUUUUCUCUUGUUCUUUGUACCAUGCUGGAGAAUCUAGGGUUUCUAAGAGCUCUUGUGACAACAUUUUUCUGGCGCAUUACAGGAAAAGUUUCUGUUCAUUAGAUGAAAAUACUGGGAGAUGCUGGAAUUGUGGUGUUGUUGCAGUGUCUAAACCGUUUCUCUCUUGUGACUCUUGUAAAAGCGUUCAGCCGGUUCAUACUUCCGUGGAUUACUUCCAUAUUUUCGGAUUGGAGAAAGCAUUCGAGAUUGAGGAUACCAAUCUUGAGAAAACGUAUAAAGAUUGGCAGAAGAAACUUCAUCCUGAUUUGGUUCAUAUGAAAUCUGAGAAAGAAAAGGAGUUUGCUGCUGAACAGUCCUCUCCGGUAAUUGAUGCUUACCGCACACUAAGAAAGCCGUUGUCUAGGGCAAUCUACCUUUUGGGCCUUGAAGGUGUACAUGUGGAUGAAGAAAGAACAGUAUUGGAUCCUGAAUUGCUAGCUGAGAUCUUGGAUAUCAGGGAAGCAGUUGACGAGGCCUCUAAUUCACAGUCUUUAAAGCAAAUCCAGGGUCAGGUACAAGAGAAACUAGAAAUCUGGUCCAACUCCUUUGGGAGUGCAUUUGAUAAAAAGAAGUUUGAAGACGCUGUAACCUCAAUUCAAAGAAUGACUUCCUAUGAUCGAAUAAACGAGGACAUUGUAAAGAAGCUUUGAUUUAGGUAAGCCUACUGUGGAUCUGGAUUAUCUCAACAAAAUUAACGUGUACAAGGUAGAUGUGCUGUUUUAGUUUUAAUUCUUAGGAUCUGUUAGGUUGUUUCUCAGAAUUAUAAUUUUGGAAACACUUAUCAGAUGGUAUUUAUGAACAAGAUACGAAAUGGAUAGCAAAUUCUUGUUGCAGAUAUGAUAAUUGCAUCAUAU